AUGUCGUACCCUUUGCCACACUCAGUCCCUGUACUCUCUUUUGAAUCUUCUAAAACGCGCACGAGAAAGAAAGGGCACUUCGAAACUCUGUGCGCUUCCUCCUUUCAGCAUCCCAAUCUUCAACAAGAGUCGGAUAACGAAGGCAAGAGACAGGUGAUUUUGGUGGAGAGAUAUGGAAAUGGAACUGCUAAAAGGUAUACGUUAGACGACAGCCUGCAACUAGAAGGUUUUCUUGAGCAAAAUGGCUCUGAAAAUCGUAGCUUCAACGAUUCACAUGUGUCUGAGGCUCGUUUGUCCUGGCUUCCGGAUUUUCUCAAAGGAUUUAUUCUGCCUGCUGGCUUCCCAGGGUCCGUUUCAGAUGACUACUUGCAGUAUAUGGUGUUACAGUUCCCUACCAAUAUUACUGGGUGGAUAUGUCACACUUUAGCAGUUGGUGUUGGCUCUUUCACAGGAACUUCUGCUGCUGCUUCUGCUGCUGCCAUCAGGUGA